UAGAUAGAUAGAUAGACAGACAGACAGAUAGAUAAUGAACUCCAGUUCAAAGCAUAGGAACCUAUAGAUGGAAACAAUAUAAAGUCUUUCAAGAUUUAGAUUGAGGGUGGAUGGAUGGGUGAAGGGAGACAUGAUAAAGUGGAAAGGAUACAGGUAUUGGAAUCAAGAGGCCUGAAUUUGAUUUUCACUUAAUUCUAGCUGUGUGACCCUGAGCAAGUCAGCCUCUCUGAACUUUCUGUGGUCCCAUUUGGAAUACCUAUAUGACCUACUUCACAUAGUUAAUGUUAAAUGGGCUUUGUAAGCCUUAAAGUGUUAAAGAAGUGUGAAUUAUUCUUAAUAGCAAGAAAGGUCAGGGAUCAUACAGCUAACUCUUGUAAAUGUUAUUGGAGCUGUGGGCCUUUUAUAAAGGUUAAGGAGCAUCCUCUCCCAGGGGACAAAGUCCCUAGUUCAGAACAGAUGCUAGAAAAUUAGUUGUGCCCAUGAAGGAUCUGGGGGAUGGGGAAGAGGAAGAGAAGGGAAAGGAAAGAAGAAAACUGCAAAGGAUCUCCCUGAAUCCUUCCUCUAUCUACCAGGGAGUGGCACUGUUGUUAAUCAUUAUUACUGUAUGCAAAUCAUUAUGCUAAUCAAACACAGCACUGGGACUCCUGUCAACCUCACCCUCUGGUCCACACCCACCUGCUAUAUGGUACCGAUCCCUCCCGUCCUCACCCAUGCCCCUCUGCCUGAUUGGUGUCUCUACAGUAAAUAAAAUGAGUGGCAGUAUAGGGAGCAAGGGGAAUUCCGGGAAAGGACACUCAAAAUCUCUUGGGCAAAUUUCCAAGCUGCCUGGCUGCCACACAAAGUUCCCAGGGACGCAGGUCAUUGUUACGCAUUCUAUUCCAUUUCCAAAGUGGGAGGAAAAUAUGUAAGUUUCCCCAUGUAUCGUUGGGUCCAAUGUCCAGUUACCCCGAAGGCUCUGUCAUUUCUAAAGGGGUCAGAUGGAAAUUCUGGCUCCUCCACAAGCCAGACUUCAGACUCAUGAUUCUGUGGGUUCUUUUUCCAGACGUGGGGUUCACACUGAACUUCUGAGGGCGUAUCAACAUCCCUUUCCAUCACUAACAGACACACCCGCUCUCACAUAUUCGACCUAGAGGAGCCAUUUCUCUUUUUAUCUUCUUGGGGAGAACCAUUGAAGUGCUCGGCUGUCCAAAACGCUGGGCUCUGGAUUUUUUCGGUAUUGUGAGCUGGGAGCACCUCAGGGAUGUACCGAGUCUUCCGGACCUCAGAGACAGGCGAGUGGCCAGAGUCUCUUCCAGGACGCUCCAUCCUCCCCAGUCUGGAGUUAGACAGUCUGGGGUUGCUGAGCUAACUCCAACCUGGUGUGUGACUUUUCCAAGACACGGUAACUUGUCCUGAGAGCUGGCGUCACCAUGGCUGCUGGAGUCGCAGCUUGGCUGCCCUUUGCCAGGGCAGCAGCCAUCGGCUGGAUGCCCGUGGCCAACUGCCCCAUGCCCCUGGCCCCAGCUGACAAGAACAAGAGGCAAGAUGAGCUGAUCAUUCUCAACGUGAGCGGGCGCAGGUUCCAGACAUGGCGGACCACACUGGAGCGCUACCCCGAUACCCUCCUUGGCAGCACAGAGAAGGAAUUCUUUUUCAACGAGGACACCAAGGAGUAUUUCUUUGACCGAGACCCUGAGGUAUUCCGCUGUGUCCUUAACUUCUACCGCACAGGGAAGCUGCAUUACCCCCGGUACGAGUGCAUCUCCGCUUAUGAUGACGAGCUGGCUUUCUAUGGCAUCCUUCCAGAGAUCAUUGGGGACUGCUGUUAUGAAGAGUACAAGGAUCGCAAGCGGGAGAACGCAGAGCGGCUGAUGGAUGACAAUGACUCCGAGAACAACCAAGAAUCCCUGCCAUCGCUCAGUUUCCGUCAGACUAUGUGGCGGGCCUUUGAGAACCCACACACAAGCACGCUGGCCUUGGUCUUCUACUAUGUCACAGGCUUCUUCAUCGCCGUUUCCGUCAUCACUAAUGUAGUGGAGACGGUGCCCUGUGGCACGGUGCCUGGGAACAAGGAGCUGCCGUGUGGUGAGCGUUACGCGGUGGCCUUCUUCUGCCUGGACACGGCCUGUGUCAUGAUCUUUACUGUUGAGUACCUGCUGCGGCUCUUUGCGGCACCCAGCCGCUACCGCUUUAUCCGGAGUGUGAUGAGCAUCAUUGAUGUGGUGGCCAUCAUGCCAUACUACAUUGGCCUGGUGAUGACCAACAAUGAGGAUGUCUCCGGCGCUUUUGUCACACUUCGGGUCUUCCGAGUCUUCAGAAUUUUCAAGUUCUCCCGGCAUUCCCAGGGCUUGCGAAUCCUGGGUUACACGCUUAAAAGUUGCGCAUCGGAGCUGGGCUUCCUCCUCUUUUCUCUCACCAUGGCCAUCAUUAUCUUUGCCACUGUGAUGUUUUAUGCCGAGAAGGGCUCUUCCGCCAGCAAAUUCACAAGCAUCCCGGCCUCCUUCUGGUAUACCAUCGUCACCAUGACCACGUUGGGAUACGGGGACAUGGUACCCAAGACCAUCGCAGGGAAAAUCUUUGGUUCCAUCUGCUCCCUGAGCGGCGUCCUGGUCAUCGCCCUGCCCGUCCCCGUGAUCGUCUCCAACUUCAGUCGGAUUUACCACCAGAAUCAGAGAGCGGACAAGCGACGAGCACAGAAGAAAGCGCGCCUUGCCAGGAUCCGUGUGGCCAAGACUGGUAGUUCCAAUGCCUACCUGCACAGCAAGAGGAAUGGUCUUCUCAAUGAAGCCCUGGAACUGACAGGUUCCCCAGAGGAUGAGCACCUGACCAAGACCACAUCACUUAUUGAGAGCCAGCAUCACCACCUGCUGCAUUGCCUGGAGAAAACUACUGGGUUGUCCUAUCUUGUGGAUGAUCCCCUGUUAUCUGUACGAACUUCCACCAUCAAGAACCAUGAAUUUAUCGAUGAGCAAAUGUUUGAGCAGAACUGCAUGGAGAGCUCGAUGCAGAAUUACCCGUCCACGAGAAGCCCUUCGCUGUCCAGCCACCCGGGCCUAACCACUUCCUGCUGCUCCCGUAGAAGCAAGAAGACCACCCACCUGCCCAAUUCCAACCUGCCUGCCACCCGUCUGAGGAGCAUGCAAGAGCUCAGUACCAUUCACAUCCAGGGCAGUGAACAGCCCUCACUCACAACCAGUCGUUCCAGCCUUAAUUUGAAAGCAGAUGAUGGACUGAGACCCAACUGCAAAGGAUCCCAGAUCACUACAGCCAUCAUCAGCAUCCCCACCCCGCCAGCGCUGACCCCGGAGGGGGAGAGCCGACCGCCACCAUCUAGCCCUGGCUCCACCACGAACAUUCCCCCCAUAGGCAGCAACAUCGUCAAGGUCUCCGCCUUGUAAAGCCACUGAGGGAAGGGCUGGUGGAAGGGGUGACAGGAGGGACGGGGAGGUGAAGGGAGCCUGUCAAACCAGGCUGUUCCCUUCUCCUUCCCCUGCCGCUCCUGCCUGUCCUGGUUGUACCCCUCACACUGAAACUGUGCCUGCAAGCAGGAAGGAGACACUUCUGCAGCCGUUGCUGCCAGAGGGAACAGAGCCCUGGGCGCCAUUACCCCACUCUGGAGCCGUGCAGAGGCAGGGCAGGGAGGCAGGGGACGGGGACCUGGGGAGGGACCAUGUGCCAGGCCAAGGCCUGGUGGGGUGUGGUGGGGGGGAGCCUCAGAUCAAACUAAUGAUUGUUUCUGGAGACCCCAGCGAGGAAAACACAAGAACGAGAGAGCAGCACAGAGGCCAAGAAAUCACAUGCAAAACAGGAAGGAAUAUUAACACUGUGUAUUUAAGCACCUUUUUCAAGGCUUUUAAUGGAUAAUAUUUAUUCAUGGGACAUGACUGAAAAAAAAAAGGUGGAAAACAAAGCAGAAAAACAACAGAUUUUUGGGAAAUGUUUUUCUCCAUGGACCCAAUACCUUUAACUAAACCAAAACAAUGCAUUUUAUGAGUCUUUUUUUUCCCUCCUUUUAUAAUGAAGGUUUUAGGCCAAGAUGUCAGUUGUUACUGAGUUUUCUCUCCUUUCCCCACCAGGUGGGCAAAUCUGGCCCACCGAGCCUACUGAAACCUGAGUGAUCCACACAGUAGCCAUGUGACCACAUUGCAGCUCUUGCUCUCUCCAAGUCUGUCUGUCUCCUCGUCUCUUUGUACCUGGUCACUGCCUCUCCCUUUCUUUGUCUCUGUUCAGCUGUCUCUCUCUAUGGCUCUCAGUACAACUUGGGUUUAUGAAUGGCCGCCUUGGCCACUGCAGUACAACUGUACGUGGUAAAAAUCCCCCUGCUAGUUAAUGGGAAAUUGUGCUUUAAAAAGCAAACAAAAAAACCAAAACAAAACAAUGAGGGGGAAAGCCAAGAAGAGACAAGAUGGCACUUCCCAGUCAUCUGCCCCACUGGUAUAUCCGAAGCUUUGGCUGCAACCAAAUUCCUUACUUAGCCUAGGAUCUUGAAAAAGGAAAAGAUCAUAGGGAAUCUUGCAUCCUGAUGAAAACCAAGUAACAAAAGACGGAGGAGACAUUCCAUGGAGUAUGCAGACAACCUUCUCUCCUAUUCUGCUGUUGGUACUGAUCAUGAAGUCUGUCCAGCCCACAGCCAGGAGCCUCUGGGCAGCUUCCCCUAGACCAUACCUGACCUGGUCAAGGGUCUAGGAUACAGCCAAUUGGUUUUCACAUCAGAGAACCUGACUUAAUAGCUGAGCGAGGUUGGUCAUGCCUUCUCAGGAAGGACGUUUUAAGGUGUGGGAAUCUGGAUGGUUCUUCAAGGUCUGUCCAGUACUAAGGAGAGGAACAGGUAAAUGGCUGAUGUCCCUCUGAGCAAGUGUGUAAAGAUGGCUUUUCCUUGGAAAUUUGGGCACCACUUUUAUGAAGCAGGACUAGGGGGAGUAUCCCCUUGUCCAUUUCUAUCACUUUCUGCAGAAAAGAGUGGAUUAGCCAAUCUACUCACUUAGACCUUUCCCUGAGUUUUGGGCUUGAUAAGUUCAUCCUUCCUAUCUCCUGGACUCCCUACCUCAUGACCACUCAUUCAGCCUGUGUUCUGAAGGAUUAAGAUGGUCAUGUUAUCUCCUCAACCCCUUGGAGCUCCUCAGCAGUUCCUCAAACUCUGCUGUGCAGCUAAGCGGUUACCAUUCACAGUCCUCCUUCCUCAGCCCUCUGUAGAUAAGAUUUCUCUGGUCCAAAACCUAAAUUCACCCUCAUUAGGUUUCCCCAUGACCCUGGCCCUAUGGGCCCUUUAAAAGGGGUUUCUGAGUUAGUACCUAAUCACAGGAAAUGGUAGGGCAAAGGAGAGGGAGCCUUUCCAACCUCAUCUCCUCAUCACGCACUAACUGCGCACUCAAACUGGUCCUGGCCUCAGGAACCUUCCCCAACAUGGGAGGGAAAUGGUUCCUGCCUUCUAUGACCUUAAUAUCUUGGUGGGAAACAAAGCAAACAUUACUGUGCAGCUGUGGACCACACGUGUAUGUAUGUAUAUAUAAUAUACACACAUCACAGUAGCCACACAAACCUGAACACACUGAAUUAUCAGUGCUUAACAUUGAUUUACUACAUAAAGGCUUCAGUGGAACAAAGUAAAGGACUGGGUUGGAAUACAGACUAAGACAAUCUUAUAGAGGGCAAACAGGGACUUGCCAUGGUUUUUAGGAGCAGGAAGGAAACACUUCCAAAAGUCUAGUAUCUGAGUUACAUUGCUUUGAGAGGAAAAGGUUUAGGUAAAAGAAACUGAUCCUUCAUCCAACCAAUACAAAGUAUGACCCUUCCCUGUCUCAGUAGAUUUCGAGUUGUUGUAGCCAGCCCUCUAGCAAUGGUCUUCUCUGCAACAGGCAAUCUGAUACCAGGCCCAUACUUGAAGCGUUCAAGCUGUUCUGGAAGAGCCUUUGAGAUCACAGGCUUAUCUCCAUUUCAUGAGGAGGCAUCAGAAUAGUAUUUUCACGAAGGCUAACCAACAUUUAAAAGUCUUAUGGGGUCCCAACAAUGCAUCCGACCCAGGCACCUUGUCUCAUUGUAGAACCAAAGGCUGUUUUGUAUGAAAACAUCUAUAGCACGGACUCAAAGGGGGUCUGGAGGUCACCUAGAGUUCUACCUCCCAACAAAUGGCCCCAAGUGUCUCGAGAUGCCCCCUAAGCCCUAUCGUGACUCCAGAUUCUGAGCUCCUUGUGCUGCAUCAUGCCUGGGUUUGCCACGUACAACCCAUGUCAACACAUCAAGUCCCUUCGCCUCUUCAGGCCUUGCUUUCCUCAGCUGUAGAAUGAAGAGACUGGGCAAGAUGACCUGAGGUACCUUCCAGCUCCAAAUCUGUGGUCCUCUCAUGGCAUCCACUGAAUUCGCUGUCGCCACCACCACACCUGCCCUAAAAAACCUCUCAGUCCCUCCCUCAUCCCCAACACUUUAGUUCGACCACCCUCAGCCAGAGAUGAGGCCUUAGCUUCUCUGACCCUGGGUCUAAAAUGAGGUGGCAGUCAAGCUAGAUAGAUAGGAGAAAAACCCAAACAUGACAACUGGGCCCUUUCCCUCUGUGUAAGUGGGUUUAACAAGGUCCAGCUGCUACACUAAACGAUGCCGAUAUCUUUACAACUUGCCCCCCAAAAAAAGACCCAAAAUUAUGAUCGGGUCUUUCUCUUCCAUUGGUUCCCUGGGAAACUGGUUCUCAAGCUUUUUCCAUUCUUGAACCACUUCUGGAAAGAUCCCAUACGUACAUACGCCACAUACCCCACCCUCAACCUGUCAAAACAAAGUCAAACAGAGGACGUGAUACUGAAUUAAGUUUUGACACUGUCUGUGUAUUAUCUUGGAGAGCUAGUCCAAACCUUCUAAUAACUAACCUCCAGAGAGGUUAAGGGACUUGCCCUAGGAGGCAUCUCCUGGCUCUGAGUUACCAUCAGAGCAGUGCACUGAGCCACCAAUAGGGUGUUAUUGUAACAAUCCAUUUGUGACAAAUGCAAUUGUCACAACACUCAGCAGCAUGAGAAUAAGCGACCUGGCAACUGGGGCUGGGAGAAGAGGAAGAGGGAAGCUCAGAGAUCACACUCUGCAAACCCACUGUCUCCAUGUGGAAUCAGUUUGGGGUGACAAUUCCGCAUGUGUGUAAACAGCUUUUUCAGAGCCAAAAGAUGCAGUUCCCCUUCUAAUCUUUGGGGAGGGUUGGAAAACACUGACAUAUCAAAUCAUAAUCCUUUAACCUGUUUAGCACUGGCACCUUUUCCAAAACGGGGACAUCAUAUCACACGCUUCUCAUAACCCUAUUAGGUGGCUAGGGCAGACCUUUUGUUCUCCAUUUUGCAGUUGGACAAACUGAGGUUGACAUACAGGAUUAGGAUGCAGCCUUAUCCAGCAUUUUCCCCAAGAUUAUCAUACAGAACCUACAUCUCUAGCAUUGCCUUUGCAUGGGAAAGUCUUACUCAGAGCCAUCUAUGAGACAUCAUAAAUUUCUCAAAGGAAGAACUAUAUCCAUUUCUACUUCUCCAUGGCAUGUCUUUGCGAAUAAGCCUUUUGAGCCUGAGACAGUUACGGGACAGCCUGCUCACACCACCAGACUCGCUCAACAGCAGAAGACUAAGGACUUCCUUCAGAAUACUGGCGGCCAUUUUUGGCUCACUAAGAUUACACAAGGAGGAUGAGCCUUAUACAGUCGCUGCCAAAGGAGCUGAUCUCUCAAGCUUACCCGAGGGCCUGACACCAGCACAAAGGAGGGUGAAAUUGGGCAAUACAUCAAUCAACAAGCAUGUACCAAGCAUUUACCACAUGCCAGGCACUGUGUUAAACACUGGGGAUACAAAGAAAAGAGCUCACAUUCUAUACACAUAAAAAUAGUGGCCAUGUAAUUUUGAUCAAUGAUUAGCAAAGGUGGAGAACUCAUGACUAUCCUGAGACUGUUCAUCAAAUAUGUGGGUCGACCAGACCCCUGAAGAUUUCUCCUGCUCCCUAAUUUGGGAUCUUUCCACACUCUAAGGCGAUAACUUCAUAGAGUACAGAAAAGAGAAGCUGACUUUCAAGCUUAGGAAAAGGUUGAAAGCAUGGGUCAAAAUCAGGUUUUAAGAUUCUCUGUAGAUUCCAGUGAUCCCAGCUCCCAUCCCCUAUAACCAGAUAACUGUGAGGUUGGUUAUGCUUAUGGACUUUUUAAGAGUUUACCUAGCAUAGCCAAAUAUCUGCUCCCCAUCCAACUAAAUGGCACUGUGAAUACGGCCAAGCAGGGAACUGACAGGCAUUUUUUUUUCCUUUUGGGCUUGUUUGUGGAGAACCUCAUCAUUUGCAAAGUGCUCCAUGAUGACUGAAGAGGGAAAAGCACUGUCAUGGCCCUUAAGAGGAGGCUCAUUAGAAGAAGGGACCGUCCAAAAACAAAGUGGUUUAAAGAGGUUCUAACUUAGUCUUGUUUGUUUCGUCAUGUGUCUUUCUCACCAAGCUUGGGACUGGCCUUUGUCUCAGCAAGUCACUUACCUACCUGGGCAGGGGAUCACUCCACGUGGUACAGGGUGAUGAUCUCAGUCCCAGGGGGUUCCUUGGACCAAGGGACUAUUUUACAAAGUGGGGGCUGGGGGUAGAGGGAGGGUUGGUAUAUUUUUGAUAAUCAGACAUUCCAAUGCAAUGUUCUCCUUAAGAGGUUUCCCCACCCCCUUUGUUAACGUUUAUUGUGAGAAACAUCACGUACGUUCUUCUCUAUUUUCGUAUAAUAAAUGGGCUUUGCUUACCAACAUCACAAUGGCAGAGACAGAAACGCACUGUACAAAACUGCAGGAAGAUUCAGACUUCAUCUGAAAACAACUUUCUAAAACAAAAGUUCUUGAGUUUCCUGUUGUCUUCUCUUUGAAACUGUAGUGCAUAUGUUAAAGUGUGUCUAUCAUUGACAGUACCGAGUCGUGUGCCACUGCUGUACCUGAUGUAUCCAAUCUGGAUUAAAUGGCAUAUGUGCCACAAACCCCAAAGUGAUGCUGCGUGCUUACUGUUUUCCGGCUUCCACUUCUAAACCUACUCUGGCCCAUGAGACAGCAGUUGUGAUUAAGGUCUUUUCUGUUCCCUGUUAGAAGCCUUGUAGUUGGAAGAAACCUUAAAGAUCAUCUAGUCCAAUGUCUAUGGCAGCACCUGCAGUCGGAGGGCCUGGGUCCAGAUCUCAGCCCUGCUUCUUCCUACCUAGGGCAGCAUGAGUACACAUCCUCCCUCGACCCUCUGGUUCUAUCACCUGCAAGAUAACAACGAUCUUCUACAAGACAUCCAAGAACCCUUCCAGCUCCUUUACAAUCUACUUACUACCUACUUAACCUUGCACAGUAACAGCUAACAUGUAUACAGCACCUCCUCUAUGCCCAGCACCUUACUAAGCCCCUAAUAAUUAUUUCCUCACUUGAACCUCACAAACACCCUAGGGAGUGAAAGAUGAGGAACUUGGUCUAGAUCACCUCUAAGAGCCCUUCUAGCUCUGACCCUUCAUAGUCCUAAGCAAGGCUAGAAUGCCUCCUACAGAAUCCCUGAGAUGACCACCCAAUUGUUUGCAUGACCACUUCCAGUCACAGCACCUUCUAGCACAGCUGCUAUCAAGUUCUUCCUUACACUGAGCUAAAAGCUGCUUCUCUGAAACGUCUCAUUGGCCCUAAUUCUGUCCCCUAGCUACAAAUCUGAGCCCUGCUAUAAAGGAAUAAACAAAUCCUCUACACCAAGGUCCCUUCGACUGAAAGAGAAAAAGCUCAAAAUGAAAUAUUUUCUAAGGAAAUGAUUAUAGAACAGGCAGCAGCUACAAUAUCACAAAGUUCAAAGAAAAUCCUCUUAAAACUGUCACCACGGUACAGCAGCCAGAUCUUGGUCACUGGAAAUAGCAUGAGAAAUAAGACACUUUAGGACAAAUAUCCAAGAGGUCAAAAAGCCCAGUGGCUGGACUAUGACAUUUAUGUCCACGACCAAAGGUGGGCUGCUCUGACUCUCAGCACCCACUAGGUGUCGCCCUAUCCCCAUAGCUCUCCAGACCUGACAGCACCUACAUUUUUCAUUAUGGUAUGCUUGGAUAUUAAGUCACAGGCCAACAAAGGUGCCACACUUUGGAGAUUCUAUCAGUAUUUCUUAAGAAAAUCAAACUGUUCCCCUGUCUACAAAGGUGAAGUCUGAAAUAGAGUACAAUCUUAACCGUAAACUAUACUAGCAGAAACUCACCUUUUCACAAUGUAUUUUUUAACAAGAGGGCUCCUGGAGCAAACUGAUGGUAUAAAAAACCUGAAAAAUACGUAACCCAUUUGAGAAAACGUAUACUUUUAAAAUAACACCCAACUCGCCUGUUCAAUGAAACAAUCACAGAAAAGAACAAAAACUUUUAGUUAGCUGUUACUGUCAACCAAAUUUGAAUUAUUUUCUCGACAUAUGAUGUAGUAAUAAAAACACUUUCAUAAAGCAUUCACUACAGACGUUUCGCCAAUUCAACCAGUUUGAAUUUAGUAAGGUGUCACACUAUUUGCAGAUGUGAUUCAUUCCCAGCCCUUCCCCUCCCAACCCACCACGCCCAAUAACCGUUCACAUUAGUUAUAGAACCCACAUGCCCUAAGAGAUCAUCCUGUCCACUGGCUUCACUUUCCAGUGAAGCAAACUACUCUUCUUAAAAAGACUAGCCCAUGAUCACUCACAGUGGAGGCAGAACUAGAACCCAGGUCCACAUGCUUAGCCAGCACUCUUCCCCAGCCAGGCCACAGCAGUUUUUCUGCUCAGUAUCUGUCUCUUCUUGCGGUGUCCUAAAAAUGUCUAACAAGUAGCAGAGUUUGUCAGGAUGUCAAUCCUGAGCUAAACACUUUAUGAAGAGAAUGCCCUGCAAGUGAACCCAACUGGUUGUCUCUGCUGAUGAGGCACAAUUUCAUAACUUUUCUCACAAAUGUUCAUGAAAAAAACAAAGAUAUAGUUUGUGUUUAGCUUCUCUCCUCAGACUAGUCUCCGGCAAUAAAGAUGUGCUCAUCUCUGGCUUAUUUUCCAAUUUAAAAAAUAACAAACACAAAGUAACAGACAAACCUAAAGAGAAUCCAAUUAAUUUCAGGACUAAUGGGCAAUUUCAUUUCUAAUUAAGAUGCAGUGGCAUCCUAAUUAAAAUUCCCUGGCAAUGACAGGCAGCUUGCCUGUUCUGGGGGGGGAGGGGAAGGGGGUGGCAAAUGGGACACGGCAAGGCAAAGGUAAGGUGCAAGGACAGGAUCUUACUUUGGUGUGUAAUUAAAAUCUUUACCACUGUAUGGCAGACUGGACCUAAUUAUGGAAUUGCUAUUUACAUAGUUUUAAUUAAUUCAUCCUCACUUGGCAAUACCAUAGAGAGAGAAAAGUGAAGCUUCCCAGUGCUCAGCCUCAGAACAGGAAGCAGACAGUGCCGCAACAAGUUCAGGACCACGGUUGUGUGGGUGUUUUGACAAUAAAUGACGAUCACUGUGGGUAUGUGCUGACAGCAAAGGGGAACAGUAUGUAUGUUGCCUAGCCCUCCCAACAGCAACAGCCUUCAAAAAUGCUCCCCUAAAGCCUGUCCUCUUCCUUCCAAAGAUUCAAGGCCUUCUCUGGAGAGGUCAGUCACACCAGGGAAGAAACACAAAAGAAAUCUAACUUCUAGUGACUUUCUGAACAGCCACAAUUUUAGAAUGAAGUGUUUCAUAACAAGAACAACUUUCCUCCCAGUCUAACACAACAUGCACUAUGAGAAAAAAGGCCCACUGAGGAGAGCACUGAGGACAUUGUGUGGAGGCAGUAGGGGCAGAAGAAAGGCUAGCCUCCACCCCAAAAAGCUACUAGUUCAUUCUGACUGCCUUCUGACAGCAAGAAUGGGAAGAUGACAAGGUGAGGAAUCAGCCAUCCUGACCCAGUGUGCUGCAAAACUGAGCAGCUUCACUGGCAACAGACAUCUGAAAAGGAAAUGGUGAAAACACAGGUGGGUUCACAACUUUAGAAACUCAUUUUAUAGAAAUAAAGAGUAACCUUUCUGUUUGGGCUUUCACAAACGUAAAGAAACAUCUUUACUAAAAAUCCCUAUUUACCUCAAUUUAAAAUGGAAGGAGUUCAUGGUCAAAAAAAUGCUAAAAAUAUUAUAUUUUCACAUCACAGCUACAAAAAUCCAGCAUGAUUAGAAACAAUUUUUUUUUACACGAAGUCCUUCAUAAUAUUUACAUCUCAGUUGGAUGUUUCCUUGGGAGCAGGUGGUGGUAUUUUAGGAGUGUUUUAAAUAAGGAGUGGUAUGGUAUUAUGUUUAGUUUAUUUUUAAGGGGGACAGUGAAAGAACAGCAAGAAAAUUAUGCACUAAGACUCUGUACCCAAAGUUCUCUUUUUCACAGCCCAAAUCUGUGAAUUUUCCCAAGAGAGAAAGGGGAAAUAGCACCUCACCUGAUACAAACCAACCUGAAGAAUAAAAGCAUUUCAUAGAACCUCAAGCUUUUUAAAGUUCCUCAAAAAUGCCAUCACAGUCCACCUUACAGGACAGUCGUCCCCCCCCCAGGCACCAAGGAGCUGCUAUUACUUGAGGUUUCACAGGUCACUGCCCCGCAUUAACUCCUGAAGA